GUGCUGAUAUAAAACUAACAACGGUACUACUUUACAGUCAGUAUUAUUUUCAUCGGCUGAAGGUACAUAGCAAGGUUGUUUUAAUACAGAGAAAGCAGAAUGUCGGUGGACCGAUUUGUUGGUAAAGUUGCCGUUAUCACCGGUGCAUCAGCCGGUAUUGGGAAAGCCACAGCAGUGGCUUUAGUCAAAAAAGGUUUAAUAGUAGCUGGGUUAGCUAGAAGAGUAGAGCGCAUUGAAGAGCUGGCGAAGCAGCUAAAAAAUGAAAAGGGCAAGCUGUACGGUUUCAAGGCCGACAUGACCAAAGAGGAUGAAAUCAUUUCAGCAUUCAAGAAAAUCACAGAAACUUUAGGUCCCAUUCAUAUCCUUAUUAACAACGCUGGAGUGGCACCUUUAACUAGUCUUAUCGAUGGAGAUAUAAGCAAAUGGAGACAAAUAUUAGAUACAAACGUCUUAGCUCUGAGCAUAGGCACUAGAGAAGCGAUAGCCAGCAUGAAAGCCAGCAACAUCAAAGGACACAUCAUUAAUAUUAACAGCGUUGCCGGACAUGAUCCCAUGGAUAUUCCCGGUAUAUCGGUUUAUCCUGCAUCGAAAUACGCCGUUACCGCGUUGACUGAAAGUUUCAGAAAAGAAAUCAACAGGAAUAAAUUACCAAUUAAAAUUACAAGCAUCAGUCCUGGAUAUGUCAAAAGCGAAAUGGCUGAGGCGGCUUUCGGUCCAGAGGCAGCAAAAGGUAUCAAUAGCAGGCCCGGAUUAGAAACUGAAGAUAUUGCUGACAAUAUAGUUUACGUGCUGUCCACCCCAGAACACGUUAAUAUAAAAGAACUGACUGUUGUAAUCCAAGGACAAGAGGCUUAACUAACUUUAGAUGUAACAGAAUGUGGAACCAGUUUCAUAUAUUACUCUCUACAUAAUAUAUAUGUUUAUUAUUAUUAUUUAUUAGAUAUCUUUAGACAUAUUCAUUUACAUACCUAAUCUUAGACAUCAUAUUUACAUACCUUAUUAUAGCACAUUCAUUAAAGGCAUAUUAAUUUUUUAAAUGGUUAAGGAAUGUACUUAUUAAAAUAACAAUGGAAACAUACACUAAAAUAUAGUCACGAUCAAAACAUUCUUUUCAUAUCAUUUUUGCAUUCUGUAAGUUUAAGAUUCAUCUUAAUUUAUGUUGUACCUAUUAUU